GUCCGAAUCGCACCAGCUGUUCCUGUGAGUAAGUGCUGUCUGACCUGGGGAAGGAGGGUGUGUCUCGUGUUUUCUCCUUUUAUCCCUUAUUUCCCGCUGCUCCUGGCGUAGUUUCCCUCUCCCACUCCUAGACGACAGUGAAAAGAGGAUGCAGGCUGGGGGAAUGCCACCAAUGGGAGGGCCACCGGGACCCCCUCAGAUGGUCCCAAUGAGCAAAGUUGAGAUCUCUAUAUCUGCCAAAGGGCUGAAGGAUAAGGACGCGUUUAGCAAGAGUGACCCCCUGUGCAUUGUUUACGUGAAGGAGAUGGGCCAGGAUCGCUUCCAAGAGGUUGGGAGGACUGAGAUGAUUAAGGACUCUCUCAAUCCACAGUGGGUUCGGAAAAUUGAGCUUGACUACAGGUUUGAAGAGAGACAGGUGCUGCGGUUUGCCAUUUAUGACUGGGACAACAAGAGCUCCAAACCAGAUGACCAGGACAAGCUAGGCACUGUGGAGUGUUCGCUUGGGGAGAUCAUGGGGCGGCAGGGUUCCCAGCUGAGCAAGACCAUUCAGGGCGGCACAGGGGUCCUCACGAUGGAGGGUGACGAGGUAUCAUCAUCUAAGGAAGUCGUCACCAUGGAACUCACAGGGACAGACCUCGACAAGAAGGAUUUCCUGGGCAAGAGCGAUCCUUUCCUUAUCUUUUACCGUUGCAAUGACAGCAGCCAGUACCUCGCAGCGCACAAGACAGAGGUGAUCAAGAAGACGCUCAACCCUGUGUGGAAACCUAUUAUUGUGCCCUCCAGGACCCUCUGCUCAGGGGACCACGGCAGGAGCAUCAAGAUCGAGUGCUAUGAUUGGGACUCGGACGGCUCACACGAUCUCAUUGGGGAGUGUUACACCAAUCUGGAGAGACUGCUGGAGGGGCCAGGGAACACCAACAUCUACCAACUCAUUAAUCCAAAGAAGAAAGCAAAGAAGUCAAGUUACAAGGACUCGGGGAAACUCCACCUCCGUAGCAUCUCAAGUCACGUGGAGCCAUCCUUCCUUGAUUACAUCCGCGGAGGGACCCAGAUCCACUUCACAGUAGCAGUGGACUUCACAGCCUCCAACGGGGAUCCACGCACCCCCACCUCACUCCACUACCGCCAGCCAGGAGUGGAUAACCAAUACUCCAUAGCUAUCAAGGCUAUCGGAGAGAUUAUUCAGGAUUAUGACUCGGACAAGAUGUUCCCGGCGCUUGGUUUUGGUGGUCGCAUUCCUCCUGAGUGGGUGGUGAGCCAUGAGUUCUUUCUGAAUGGGACUUCUGAUAAUCCUUACUGCCAGGGGGUCGCUGGUAUCCUGGAGGCUUAUUUCAACUCCCUUCAGACUGUUGGACUCUACGGACCCACAAACUUUGCCCCGGUGAUCAACCAUGUGGCACGUUUUGCUCAGGCUCACCAGGACGGCAACCACUACUUUGUGCUGCUCAUUAUCACUGAUGGCAUUAUUUGUGACAUGCCAGACACACGCAGGGCUCUGGUGGAGGCGUCAAACCUGCCCUUGUCAGUCAUCAUCGUUGGCGUGGGUAGCGUUGACUUCUCUGCCAUGGAGGAGCUGGACGGUGAUGAGAAGAGGUUGAGUUUUGGCGGGAAGUAUGCCAGCAGAGACAUUGUUCAGUUUGUAGAACUGAGGCGUCACUUGGGGCAGAGGGGCGGGCAGCACAGCCAGGCCUUGCUAGCGAAAGACGUCUUGAUGGAAAUUCCGCAGCAGCUGGUCUCAUGGAUGCGAACUCACGGGUACCAACCUCGCCCUCCCACUGUUCAGGCGCCACUUAACACUUACGGACUUGAGUAGCGUUAGUGAGGACCGUUCUUGUUUGCCCCCUUGGAGAAAUGCGCCGGUUCCUCAGUAACCAGCAGGAGAUGUCUCAAGCAAACCUAGCGAAGGAGGUACUGCGAGAGAUCCCUGCCCAGCUGCUCUCCUACAUGCGACACAUCCAUGCUGUCAAGUAGGAUACCACACAGGGC